AUCCCCUCAACUCUACGUCUCUCUCUACCUACUCUCGGUCACCACACCUCGCUCGAAAACAAAACUGAUCAACAGCAUUGUUGGUGACGAUGAGCUCGACGUGGCUGGCUUUUGCAUGGGCGGCGGCCGCCCUCGUCGUGGCGGCGGCCACGGCGCACGCCCCGCACCACCCGUCGUCGCUGCAGGUCGGUUUCUACAAGCACUCGUGCCCACAGGCCGAGGACAUCGUGCGCAACGCCGUCCGCCGCGGUCUGGUCCGCGACCCGGGCGUUGGCGCGGGACUCAUCCGCAUGCACUUCCACGACUGCUUCGUCCGGGGCUGCGACGCCUCAAUCCUCAUCAACUCCACGCCGGGCAACCUAGCCGAGAAGGACUCCGUGGCCAACAACCCCAGCAUGCGCGGCUUCGACGUCAUCGACGACGCCAAGGCCGCCCUCGAGGCGCACUGCCCGCGCACCGUCUCCUGCGCCGACAUCGUCGCGUUCGCGGCCCGCGACAGCGCCUGCUCCGCCGGCGGCCUCGAGUACGAGGUCCCCUCGGGGCGCCGCGACGGCCGAGUUUCCAGACAAGACGAGGUGCUCGACAACAAUGUCCCCACACCGACCGACGUCGUCGCCGAGCUCAUCGAGAGCUUCAAGCGCAAGGGGCUGUCCGCCGACGACAUGGUCACGCUCUCCGGCGCGCACACCAUCGGCCGCUCCCACUGCUCCUCCUUCACGCAGCGGCUAUACAACUUCAGCGGGCAGCUGGGGUGGACGGACCCGUCCCUCGACCCCGCCUACGCCGGGCACCUCAAGGCGCGGUGCCCUUGGCCGUCCAGCGACGACCAGAUGGACCCCACGGUGGUGCCGCAGGACCCAGUCACGCCGGCGACCUUCGACAACCAGUACUUCAAGAACGUGCUUGCGCACAAGGUCCUGUUCGUCUCCGACAACACGCUGCUCGACAACCCCUGGACGGCCGGGAUCGUCCAAUUUAACGCCGCAGUCGAGAAGGCGUGGCAGGUCAGGUUCGCCAAGGCCAUGGUCAAGAUGGGCAAGGUGCAGGUGCUCACCGGCGAUGAGGGAGAGAUCAGGGAAAAGUGCUUCGUCGUCAACCCACACUACUAGCUAUUGCAACUACAUACUUCGAGAGACUACCUAUAGAGCUAAAAAUAGAGAUUUUGAAGAGAGAGAAAAAAAAGUACUCUCGCGAGUGCAAAUAAGACUCUUGUAGACGCUCGUAUUACUCUCCGUGGAAAUCUCUAGCCAGAAAUCAUUAAUAUAA